AUGACCAGACAAGAAGAACCCCCAAAAGGCCGAAGGGGCUCCCUCGCACCGCAUACACUAUACGAAACUGAAGCCGCCGAGCUCACAAAUCUCUCGGACAUAUGCAAGUUCGAUUGCGGCCAGACGACGCCACAGCGCUUGUGGAAUGCCAAAGAUGAUUGCACAGCGCAUGGCGACGACCCGUCCGCGCCUGAUACGGUGCUCUACCUGGCGUACGGAUCCAACAUGUGCGCCCAGACGUUUCUCGGCAUGCGCAAGAUCAAACCCCUUUCGCAGAUGAAUGUUUGUGUGCCUAGUCUGCGCUUGACAUUCAGCCUACCUGGCGUCGCGUACAUGGAGCCGUGCUUUGCCAACGUUGACUACCGCGAUGCCGAGUCUGAAAUGCCUGACGGGCACCCGGAUAAGAACUGGGACGGCCGUCUGGUCGGCGUCGUCUACGAGGUGACCCAGUCUGACUGGCGCAACAUUAUGCGGACCGAGGGCGGCGGCGCCAGCUACAAGGAGAUUGUUGUGCCCUGCAUCCCACUGUCCAGCGCGGCCGGCGCGACGCUGCCCGCCACGUUUAUGGCCAGGACUUUGCAUGCGCCGCGAACCCCCGACCAUAAGCGGCCAGGCAACUGCGGGUGGUGGGAUCGGCUCACAACCGGACCGUAUCGCCCACGCGACGACUACGCGCAGCCCAGCCCGCGUUACAUCAACCUGCUACGGACCGGUGCCCAGGAGCACAAUCUGCCGCUUGCAUACAAAGAGUACCUGGAUUCGAUACAGCCGUAUACAGCCACGAGUACUGGACAGAAGCUUGGAAAAUUCAUCUUUAUGCUACUAUUUCUGCCGUUGUUUAUCUUGAUGAUCCGCGCGGCGGCGCUGUUUGCAGACGAAAACGGUCAAAUUCCCAAGGGCUUGUCGACGGCCAUGACAAUCAUAUCCAACAUAAUGUGGAUAUGCUAUGAUCUUUUCCUUAGGCCUGUUUUCGGGGAUGGAGAGAGAACGAGAGCAAUGGACGACGCAAAAAGGGAUACGGCACAUGCAAUCAGUGAAAAGGGGCGUUUAUUAGACGGUUCACAAGAAUCCGAGCUUCAUGCUCCAAUGGCGUGA